UGGAAUUUAAAUAACUGCCUACUUGACGGCUACAUUGCCGUAAACUAUGGAAAAUAUCACUUUACGUUUUAUUAUUGCUUUCGUGCCAUGGCACUUAUGGCAGUUAAUAUUAUUAUGAUUACAUUUUAUGAAAAUGAUUGUUGAAUUUUAUGCGUCGACGAUGGAAUAAUUUUUAAACAGUUAACUUCUGGUCUUCUGCAGCUUGUUUUUGCAUAAACAUCGAGUUUGAAUUUGAAUAUCUCAUGUUUUGAUCGAGGAGCAAAAGCAGGUAGGUACAUUGAGCAAGAUAUUUUCUAUUGAUUGAUAAUAUAUACAAAUUGUUUUUAAUUAUUAUAUAUAGGUAUUAAAGAGUCUUCCUAGUAGUUACAAAUUUAUAAAUAGGUAGGUAGGUAUAUAUUGCAAAAGCCAGCGUAGGUAUUUUUAGAGCUUUUAACCGGCAUCUGCACUAAAAAUAGACCAUAACACCAAUAGCAUAGCAGUUGUAAACUGAAUUACCGUUAAUUUUACUCAAAACAUGUCUGAUAAGUCAUUUCAAGAUUUGACUUAUAGAAAUACUUGCAGUGAAAAAACUCUUCAGUCAAAUUCCAAGGGUUUUUUCUUGAAUUUCGCCGAUUAUCUAGCAAAUGAAGCUGGAGAUGAUUGGAUUAGAAAUGUUUUUGGAAAACUACAUACGGAUGAACAGAGAAUCAAAUGUAUAUAUACAUCACAAAAAACUGCGGAAUUGGUAACAAAUUUUCUUUCUAAUGUCAAGGAAGUUUAUAGAAACAAAAAUGCGGAGUUGUCUCAAAAAAAGCGUUUGGAAGGCGAAGCUUUUUUGAAGAAAAACGAAUAUACAAAAGCUCUAUUGGCUUUUUGUCAAAGCGUCUUGAGAGCUCCAAGUAAUAAUAAAAAAUGCCUUGAGUCAACCGCAUCCUUGUCGUUGGCCUUAUGGGGAAGAUCAAAAGCCAACAUGAAGUUGCACAAGUUUUCAAAAGCGCUUGUCGACAUUCAGCAAGCUUUGAAAGAAGAUUUAUCCGAGUCAUAUAAAGCAGAGGCUUUUUGGAAUAUGGGAAUAUGUUAUGCUAGUAUAGGUGAAGCCAAUAAAGCUACAGUAUCUUUUGGGCUGGCUGAAAAACUUCUGCGAGGCUAUGAUGAGAAACUACACUUGCUAACUAAAGAAAAACAAGAAACUUGUCAUAUCAAAGAAAAAGAAAAUAUUUUGACAGAUACACCGAAGAUCCAAGGAAAGUGCAACAACAAUCUUCCAAGUGCAAGCGACAAACUUUCCAUAAAGAAAACAGAAAACAUGGGCAGGUAUAUUGUAGCUAAUGAAAAGAUUAUCACUGGAGAAACUUUGGUAGUGGAAAGCCCUCACGCAGCUUGUCUCCUGCCCGAAAUGUUUGGAUCUCAUUGCCACCAUUGUUUUCAAAUUUUAAAAUCACCAUUUGGCUGCUAUGAUUGCGCCAGUGUGGCCUUUUGUUCUGUAGAAUGCAGGGAUAAAGCCCUAUCAACGUACCAUCGUUUCGAAUGUAAAUACCUGGAUUUAUUAAUUGGGUCUGGGAUGAGUAUAUUGGGGCAUACUGCCUUGAGAAUGAUUACUCAAAAUGGUUUGGAAAAGUGUUUAGAAAUUUAUGAUAAUCGAGAUAAUGAAAGAGUAUAUAAACUCUGCACUAAUUCACAACUUCGUCCCCCGAAUGAUUUUUUACAAAGAACAUUAAUGGCCUCAUUUUUACUAAGAUGCCUUCAAAAGUCCAACUUCUUCGGAUCUUCUAAUAAAAAUGUCACACCAACCGAAACUGAAUACAAAGUUGGAGAAAUGCUUUUAUUCAACUUACAAAUGUUGCAAUUUAAUGCACAUGAAAUAUACGAAACAAGGCACGCUCCAAAUUCAAGAAUAAAGACUUCAAAGCCUGCUUAUAUUGGAGUUGCAGUGUACUUAACGGCUUCUUUGUUCAAUCAUGACUGCCAUCCCGCUCUAUCAAGACACUUUGUAGGAAAAGAUAUAGUUCUCACUUCUACGAGACCUCUUGAACCGAACGAGCUGGUUCCAGAAAAUUACGGUCCCAUAUUUUCAAGAAAAUCCUUAGCUGACCGAAAAAGAUCAUUGUCUUCCAGAUAUUGGUUCGACUGUCAAUGCUUAGCUUGUCAACAGAAUUGGCCUACAAUCGGACAAGGAUUAGAGGCUGUUAGUAAACGAUUGAGAUGUCCCACAAGCCAAUGUCUCCAUAUAUUCACCCUGUCUACGGCUCGGCGGACAAUCAAGUGCCCAAAAUGCAAAAGCACUAUUGAUUUGUCUGAUAGAGAAUCAAUGCUUAAGUGGUGCGAAGAUCAGUACAUGGUGGCUUUCGAGUUGAUGGAUAGGGAUGAGCCAAAACAAGCAAUUGACAUAUUAUGCCCAGCUGUUGAUACUUUUUACAAGAUAUCAGUGCCGCCUCAUAAGGAAACUCACCUGGCAGAAGAAAUGCUGAGGGCCUGCUUUGCCGAUUCAGGAAACACCUGGGAAAUUUUAAUAAAUGACAAAUAACAAUUGUUGUCUAUUAAUUUGCUUAAAAAUAAAUAAUGGCAUUUAUUGUUGUAUUUUAAUAGUAGUUCCAGAUUUUUCUUGGACGUUGGCCAAUGAAACGCUUUUAUUGCCGGCUUCUUUGUCUUUGCGUUUUUUCACGUGUCUGUCAUGUCGUCUCUUGAUUUCCAAUAUGUC